GAGACUUGUACGUGCCAAGAACUGGUUAAUGCCUUUUUUAGAUGAUGCACAUCUAGAUACAUUAAGGUUUGUUCAUUUAGAUGAAGAAUUUACCAUUUUUUGACACUCCAAUAAUGCCAACUGGCUGUUGGCAGCCAUUGUGUAAACUUGGGUUCUGGUUGGUUUGACUAAAGGCUUUUGGAUGGUCAUGCUUCCAUUUGUUUAAGAGACUGGUCAGAGCCUUUGUCAAAAUGUUUCUCAACAAAGACCCUUGUUCCAACAGCUUGAGGUCUCAUGGCAGUACUGUACUUCUGUGUCAUGAAUGUAACAGAAUGAAGUGAUACACAUUAGAAAACACAACAUAUCUUUUACACUAAUUAUUGAGGUGUUUUCGCCAAUGUCAUAUUUCCUCAUAAUGUGUGUUUUUGUUUUGUUUUUUAACCAAAUGAUGAACUAAACAGAUCAGAUACAUAUAUAUAAAAAAAAUUCAAUAUAAAAAAUCUGAACUGGAACAAAAUUAUGAAUGAUUAUUUUCCACUGAUGCACCAGAGUUAUUUAUUGUUUUUUAUGUUUUCUGAAAACAUUUGCUCGACUAUUUUUAAGAACGAUAUUGAUGUACCUGAAGUUUUUUUUUAUCCACUUGUUUGAAUCAGUUCAAAUGAAAAUGUAAAAGUAAUGAAUAACGGUUGAUUUAAGGAUCACUUCACAACACAUAGGUAAUAAAAAAUGUAAAAACGUGCAUCUAUACUGUUACGUUACUGCCAAGGCCUUAAUCAAGGGUCAGGAAUUGGUUGGCUAGUGUAUUGCCCUUAGCUUAGAUAACUGAACUACACCAUGUGGUUCUAAAAAUGCAUAUUUCCCAUGGCGUUUCAGAAAUAACAGUGCAUUCUGACUUAAACAUUUUGAUAUUUUUGAUCGAUGGUACCCUUCUAGACAUGGCCUCAUUUUCCUGGAGCGGCAGAGCAAGUCCCAUAUCAAAUGGUGCCCAAACCGAGUGCCCAAUAAAAAUGUAUAAUUUUAACCACCAUCUUAUUCCUCAUAAAUCCAAAACUGCCAUUUCAAAACCCCAGAAGAAAAUUCCCCAUCUUAUAGUAUUAUUUAUCUUAACCAGUAAAAAUGAUGUUUUACUUUGUUAAUGUUCUUUUUGUUUAUCUAUUACUGCAUUUCUAGCCAGAGCGGGAUGGGUCUUUUUUUAAACGUUCAAAAGGUUCAUUGUUUUAAAUGAAAGAUUCUUUGCAUGGAAUUCUGGAAUUCUGGCACUAAGUAAAAUUAUUUUCUACAGCCUCAAUGAUAAAAGGUUUAAUGGUGUUUGCAUCACUUACUGUUGCUCAUGAGGUUGGGAUUGGAACAAAGUACUGACCCACCAGAUUUACACUUUGCCAGUGAUAAAAUAGGCAAAAUCCAAAGGAUUACCAUCGAAGAAUUUACAACGACCCUACAGUAUUUUGGCCAUUUUUGUUCUUUUGUUAUGCCUCUAUUACAUUUAGCCAAACAUAGACUAAUGUUACUAUUUUGUAAGAUCAUGGACCCUAUUUUAAGAGUGCUAAGCCUUAAGCGCAGUGCUAUGCAAUCUGUCAUAUAUGCAAAGUUUAGGUGUAUGCAAAGCUCUAUUGGGCUGGGUAAUGUGCAAUUUAAUUCAGAGGUUUUUCUCUGGGUUUUGCACCAUCAGCUUCCUGUUAUACACUCGAAAACAACAUUGAUAUCAAUGUCAGUCCCAAGAAUUUGGUAUAAGGGCUAUAUGUAAUGUGUGUGUAAAUAUGUAAUAGAAAUGCGGACCGUUUACGUCUAUUAAAAGGACUGCACAUUACUGAUCUUAUAUUAUUACAUAUACAAUCAGGUACACUUGAUCUUUUCACAGGCUCUGCUAAGACAUGUGGCUUGCCACAAUUCUAGACAUGCUGACAUUUUUGGUUAAACAUGCAUGUGUCAGCUAUUCAGGUUCUCUUAUUUUGAUUUAGCUUGAAAUGAAACUUCAGGUUUCCCUGUGAUUGGACAAUGCUAGAUCCAUGUGAUUUUUUUUUUUGCAAUUGUUGACCUGAUUUGGUAGAUAUUUAAAGGCAAAUGUUUUGUCAUUCUUUCUGUGAGGAUUUUUCAUAUACUGAAUACUGGUUUGCUGUAUUGAGUUUUCCAGCAUGAGAAGAAUCAUGUAUCUUUUAUGGCCUCUUCUGUUUCUUCAUGUUUCAGGACAGCGUUGGACUCGGUUUGAUGACCAACAAAAGCGUCCUACACAGGAAGGGAGAGUGAGAUUGGUGGGCAAUCUGCCUUCAUCUGGUCGUGUGGAGGUGUAUCAUGAUGGACAGUGGGGUUCAGUGUGUGAUGAUGGAUGGGAACUGGCUGACGCACAGGUGGUGUGUCAUCAGCUGGGUUUUCCUGGAGCUAUAUCAGCCACCACUGGAGGACAUUAUGGUGAAGGCUCUGGUCCAAUUUGGCUGGAUGACAUAAACUGUAAAGGCUCUGAGAACUCAUUGUCUGAUUGUGGCCUCAAAGGUUGGGGUGUUACUGACUGCACACAUAAAGAGGAUGCAGGAGUUGUCUGUGAAACUGGUAAAAACAUGAGCAGCGAUCAUCAGUUCUCUGUGGAUAACAGUCUGGGUUUGUCUGAUGAUCUUGGUGAUCUGUUUGACAGUGGAGAUGGUUGUGAUUUCAGCAUUAAUGUACGAGACCUCAGUGAAAAGGCAGAAUUUACGUUUUGUGUACACAAGCUGAUUCUCAUGCUUUAUUCAAAACUAAACCUAAAAAACGACUCCAGAAAUCUCACAGUGGAGGUCAGUCAGACUUGCCAUCCCCAUGCCUCUUCUUUUCUCAGGUAUUUGUAUACACGCAAGAUUGAUGUUUCCAUCACAUCGGCUCAAUGCCUCCAUCAGUUGGCUUACAUCUUUGGAGUGAAGAAGCUUAUGGAGGAUGUUGGCAGGGUCUUCACUCUACUCAUUCCUGAAGACAACAGCUUCCAGACCCAGUUAUCAAUGUACGAGUAUGGUGUCCGCACAGGUGAUCUUGUUCUUCAGGAAAACAUCCUUCAGUACCUUUCCUGGAACUGUGAGUUCCUCAUAAGUUCUCCAUUGUGGAGCACCCUCUCCUUUCACAUGAUGGACGCUCUGCUGUUGCGCUCAGACCUGGUUGUGAAGGAUGAAGCUAUUCUUCUUGAAGCACUGGAGACCUGGAUCCAAGACAAAGCCGAUGCAGUUAGUCCAGAACAACAGACCAGUCUCCUGAAUCACAUCCGCUUUUUGUUGAUCCCAGUAGAUAAACUCUAUGACAUGCAGUUUACCUCAAGUAUUCUCCAUCAGAAACAUGAGAAACUGUACCUAACUGGCAUGCUCAAAGGCUUUCAGUUUAAUGCUCUUCCCUUCUCUAAGAUCAGGAAGCAAAUGAAUAACAUCAGUGAUGAGUAUUUACCCAGAAUCUACACUGCAGAAGAGUGGAGUGUAUCCAUCAAUGACACCAGAGCCAAUUACCAGUACUAUAACUACGGCCAAAAUAACAGAAUCCAAACUUUCUCAACUCCCGUCCACACUAGUGCUAUUUUCAGAAAUCAACAGGUCCAGUGGCAAGCACAGGUUUUUCUUAGCCAUCAGGAAUGCUCUAACAAUGGUUUUAGAUGUGAUUCUCUCCCUGCUGCAAGGUUCCUCUCAUAUAACAAUAGGUACAAUUAUGCCAGCAAUAUUCGCUUUAACAACAGGUUGAUCCUCAGCUGUAAAAAUGAAAACAAUGUGUUUCAUGUCCAAGAUUUUAAGAAUAAUAUGGCGGUCAUGCCAAACAACAACAGUAUGGGCCUGCCAAACCCCUGUCCCGAUGACUACAGCUUUAGAUUUGUUGUGCGUCCACAGUAUAUCUGACUGUAUGGAUUCAGCUUCAGGUAGUUUCAUCCAGACUUUUCAGUUUGGUCUCAUCAAUUAAAUUUGAUUUAAAUUGAUUUAAAAAAUGUGUCAAAUAUUCAUCUAUGUUUGAAUGUUGUUUAAUCCUAAUGUUUUUUUUCCACUUAAUUUUAAAUUUGAAUCAUAAACAAUGUUUGAUUUUUAAGGUGCACUUAAAAAUAAAAAAUAAAUGUUUAAUGUUG